AGCGUGCGGAGACUCCUGCGGCGGCUCGACCGGCUGUUUUCGCAGUACGACGCGGUCUGUCAGGACUUUUUCGUGAGCAAGAUUGAGAACGUGGGGGAGACCUACCUUGCGUGCGGCGGGCUGCGCCGUCACGUGCAGGCCCGGAACGAGGCGCUGUGCGGAAAAUCGGUGGUGUUGGAAAGGUACAAGCGCUGGUCGUCGACCGUCGGGGCGGAAGCGCUGCGCGCGGACCAGAAAUCCGCAAUGGACGCGUAUUUCACCACCCUGUUUGCCUGCGAGUUGAUCCGCUACGGCGAAGAAGGUGUUGUACGUGGGGCGGUCGGCACGGGAGAAGGCGAGCGUCGAGACGUGGUCGGUGAUGACUCGUCGUCCAUCUGUAGUUCUUCUGCGCAUACAAGAAUCAUGAUGUCGCCACCAUCCACAACGAAAAAUGAAGAGCACGGUCUUGUUUCGCCUGACAAACCACCAUCACGUGUUGAUGAAGUCGUCGAUGAUCAUGGUACGGGUAUGGUGCCGUUACAAGAAGACCAAGCGCCAGCGUGCUCAUCUCGUGAAAAUCAUGAGGAGAACAAGCAGCAAGAGCAACAAGCACCCACAGCAGCGUCGCGUGCCAUUUCUUACGUGCGAUCAACGACGAUCGGCGCAAUCCGAAACUUUGGUUCUAGUUCGACAGACGAAAAAAAGUCUACGUACAGCAGCGCUGCAAGAAACGAUAGUGACGACGUCGUUUCACUCUUUGAGAACAUGUUGCAGAGCACCUCUGCUAUUCCAGUUGUUCCGGCAAGUAGGAGCGUAAACAAGGGGGAAAUCUACUUCGCAGAGUCUGAAUCUUGUUCCCAACAAGAGAACGCUCCUUCUGGCUGUGGAGAUGAUCUUCUUCUGCUGAAACUAGGUGACCUUCCGACGCCGUGUCGCACCCAGGCGAAUGUUCCGCUGGACACAAGAAGUAGAAAACCCGUCGACCAAAGAAUAGCAAGGCGGCAAGCAAUACAGCAAAUGCCCUUCAAUAUCCGAGUUGGAGUGCACACUGGUCCUGCGUGCGCGGGAAUUGUAGGCUCGCGGAAGCCGCAGUACGCAAUUUUCGGCGACACAGUAAACACAGCUGCGCGCAUGAAGUCCACCUCUUCCAGCAACACGGCCGUGCACGUUUCCAGCGCUACACACGCACUCUUGUUACGGUGUCGCGGCGCGACGCAGCCCCAAUUCAAGACACCGUGUUCGAACGCAGCGGAUGAUUUUGGACUCAGGAUUUCGGGGCCGGUAGACGUGUUUGCCAAGGGGAAGGGGACGGUCGAAACCUGGUACGUCGAACCGACGCAGAAAAGCAAGACGGAGCUGCAGAGAGAGGGGUUAAAUCAAGGAAAGAACAAGACGGACUCAGCUGAAGACGAGCAAUCCUCCUUCGGGAGGCAGGAGAGCUUUCACGAGACAGAAAGUAGUCGUGUAAUCGCCGCGGCGGAAGAAAGAUCAGAAACGGCACUGAGCAACCAGUUGAAGAGCUUAACCUCGGACAAUACUAGCGGAGCCAACAUUUUACUGGGGCGAUCGUGCGCGCAGGCCCGUGAUCUUCCGAAACUAGACAGAGAGGAGGACUUUCAAGUUCGCACGAGCGAGCAUGGUGUAGUUUACCAAGAGAAGUUUCCAAGCGGCGAAGUAGAGAGCAGCAGGUUCUUCUGCGGAGAUACAACUGACCAGAAACCGACAUCUGGGCGGACCAGCAUCUUACCAGUGGCGAUCAUGUCUGACUUUCUGAAAACAGCAGUGAUGACGUACAUUUUUUUGGACACCGGAUCGGCCUUUUUUUCGCAGAGCUCACGUCCGCUGUCCACAGUCGCGGCACUGCUUUUGAUCGGUCGGAUUUUCCUUGCUGCAGCGUAUUGCUUCGCGACACAGGAGUGGCAGUUGGUCGCAGGUGUAGCGCUUUUUGCUUUGUCAGUUGGCGCGAACUUGGCAGUCAGCGCAGAAGCUGCAACACUCAGCCCUCGAAUGGUUUUGUUUUGGAUUGCCGUAGCAGCCUUUUAUUGCGACGCAGCUUCCUCGACGCAGAAAGGCAUAACCGCGUGUGUGGUUGUGGUCAUUCUUUCCGGAUCGGCGUAUCUUUUACUUUUAGUCACUUUGAGAAGGGACGAGAGCGACAGCGAGUACAGUAACUCCACAACAAUCGCGGACCUGGUUCUUAUCACGCUCCUGAAUGUUAUUGCAGUGGUAGUCUUCCUUAUGAAAAACACUUCUUCUGCUGCGAUGAGGAACUCUGCUGCGGAUCUCUUGACAGCCGAGCGGAACCGCGAAAGUCGUGCGGAACAAAUGCUGGCGGACCUCUUGCCGGCGGAGAUUUUGCAGAAACUAGCAGGAACGACGAAACUCUCCGGGGACAGAUUUAGUGUGGUGACAAGCCCAAAGAAAAGCAAGUCACUCGUCCACCACUGCUUUUCUGACAGUGCGCUACUUUUCGCAGAUAUCACGGGCUUCACCGCGUUUGCUUCAAAACGGACUGCAGCGGAAGUAGUUGCGGUGGUUACGGGGCUCUUUGCCGCUAUUGAUGACGCAUCUCGACAGUGGCAUGCUGUGUACAAGGUACAAAAUGACUGGAUAGGAUUUUCUAUCCUCUUCUUGUGCGUUGGUGCUGAUUUUGUUUUUUGUUGUUGUGCGAACUGUCAGCACCCCAUUCAUUGGAGGAGCCAGUCGAAUUCGAAAAAACUGGGUAAUUUGCGUUAGGUAAUGCUUGCACGAAAAAUCAGGUUUGUACGAUAGGCGACUGUUACGUUGCAGCGGCCUUCGGUAAUCCUACACCGCGCGAAAACAUCGUGCAGAUGCUCGCAUUCGCAUUACGCAUGCUCGAGCUCGUGCAUGCUAAUCAGCAGAACGAAGCCGAGCCGAUCAACGUCCGCGUCGGCAUACACUGUGGCUCUUUCGUGGGAGGAGUUUUAGGACAGCGCCAGCUGCGAUUCGACAUUUGGGGAGAGGAUGUCCGAAUUGCAAAUUUAGUGGAGCAGGAGGGUCAGCCGGGUGCGAUUUGCGUUAGUAAAGCAGUACAGAAGGUCGCUACAGCAGCGGAAGAGCUGAUCAACGGAGAGGAUGCGCAACUACUGCUUCUGGAUGAAUCAAAGUGGUCCUUUCAGUUUCAUAGAAGCGUAGCAACGCGCACGGAAGGCAGAAAGAGCAGAGUUGCUAGUGAGGCACAUAUACCACCCCCGGAGGUUCUUGAAAUUUACAAAUUAAUAAAAUACGCGAGCACUUAAACUCAUGCAAAGGCAAACUACGAAUGAACGCUAGCGUCACAUCCAUUUUAAAAAAUUAUGACUGGAGUGCAUUUUGAAAAACAUGUCACAUAGUUUCGUUUUCUGAUUUUAUAAUUACGUUUCAGCACGACGCAUUUCCAUUUCUUUUGCAGGUUUUUGUGCUGCGCUGCAGUCACAAGCAUGAGUCUCAAAACAAAUUGAACCACAAAAAACAUGGUGAGCAAAGCUUGUGCAUGGGUAUGGAAGCAUCCUUAAUAGUUCUCCUUUUCG